AGUUUCCCAAGGCGACGCGUCUAACCGGCUUAGACUACAGCGCAAGUCCGUCCCGCUGCAGUGUCCGUUGUAGGCGUUGCUGCCCUUCGGGAUCGCGCCGCCCGGCCGUUUGUACGCGUUUUUCCCUGUACGCUUUCUCUAGCGUCUUCCUAGCUCUCUAGUAGUCAUGCGCUGCUGCUAGAAGAGCCUGUUCCUGGUUUCUUCGUGGGAAGAACCGCUCCAGAAGCUCGGUUCACCGUCCGCGCGCGUGGCGUCUUUUCGAAUUGAAGGCGUGGUUGCCGGGGCUAGCUAGCUACGAAUAGUUACCGCGGAAGAGGUCACUAACAAAAUUAGUCACCGCUAAACUCGCAAUCUGAUUGGUCAAUUGCGUGUUACCUGUAGUCUAAGCAGAACGUCAUAUAAACAGCUGUUCUGACAUGUUCUUCCAUGUAAGUCAACAACCUUCAGUUUGUACUUAUGUUAGCGUAUAUUACGGCCAUUAGCGUACAUAACGGGUAAUUAGCGUACAUUACGGGCCAUUAGCUGCUUGUCUACUAGGCCCAGCUUUGCCAAGUUCAUACGUAGUGUAGGUUCUAAUUGUUGCGCACUGCGUAGUAUGCGGUACAAAUCUCUACAAAUCUCUUCCCUCUCCGUUCCAAUUCAAGAUAGCCUUAGACCACGAGAUUCUGCUGCACCCGCGCUACUUUGGGCCCAAUCUACUGGAGACUGUGAAGAAAAAGCUCUUCACUGAAGUCGAGGGAACCUGCACAGGAAAGUAUGGGUUUGUGAUAGCAGUGACGACAAUUGACAACAUUGGUCUGGGUACGCUGCAGCCCGGCCGGGGGUUCUGCCUCUACCCCGUCAAAUAUAAGGCUAUAGUGUUCCGACCAUUCAAGGGAGAGGUGUUGGACGCAAUAGUCACAAAGGUCAACAAGGUUGGAAUGUUCACACAGAUCGGACCACUCUCCUGCUUUGUUUCGAAACACUCAAUUCCACCCGAGAUGGAGUUCGACCCAAACUCAACACCACCCAGUUACACCACGGCUGAUCAGGAUGUUGUCAUUCAAGAAAAGGACAGCAUUCGGUUGAGAAUUGUUGGCACUCGCGUUGACGCUAACGACAUUUUUGCAGUUGGGACGACUAAUGGACUGAUUAUCUUGGCUAUGUGACAGCCUGACUUAGACUCGGACAAGACCAACACAUUAAUCUUCGCGCAAUCUUCCAAAAUCUCCGUCAUGUUAAAAAAAUAUUUUGAUUGUGCUUGGUUGAAUUGAAAUAAGAAAAGUUUUUGCGCUUGGCGAACAAAAAGUUGAACGAUUUUUAUUUUCGAAGUCUAAGAAACCUAAGUCCUCUUCUCCAUCUUGCCUCGUGCACGCUGCCUCUCCACACCCCCUCCCCUUUCCUCUGGGCACCAGUCUCCGCCCUCACACCCUCACUCAGGAAUGCAAUCAGCUGUUGUUGACGUGGUAACCACUGUUUCCGUGGUGACCGAGGGAGGGAUCCUUUAUGGAUGCCAGUCCGAGUGACAGUAUCUCGACAUUGGCACACUUCAGGUAGAUACGUUGGGAACCCCUUUCUGUAGUGUAUGAUACAGUGAAGAGAGUUGUCAGUGGUGGAGAGAUGAAGAGGCCGUAGAUGAAGUGAGCGUCCAAUCAGAUUAGAGGUGAUCCAGGUACACACGGUGUCGGGUUGUUUGAUGUCCAGAGCUGCUAGUCUUACAGCCAGUAGUUCAUCUGUUGGACAGGGGUCUGG